AGGCUUCCGCUCCUCAUUCUCCGCUCUGCCGGGCUCGCUCUCUGCUCGCACAGGGUCGGAAUAGGAGCUGCUAACAGCGUCACUUCAGGAACAACGAAAGAGAAAAGACGCACUCGGCCAAACCCAACGGAACCGAGAGAGAACAGCGGACUAACAAUGUCAGAACCCAAAUACCGUGACUGGAUCCUCGAGACCAUCGACUCACUGCGCUCCCGAAAAGCCCGACCGGACCUUGAUCGGAUCUGUCGAAUGGUCCGAAGACGGCACGGCCCGGACCCCGACAGAACCCGGGAGGAACUGGAAAAACUGAUCCAAGACCAAACAGUGCUCAAAGUUAGCUACAAGGGAUCCAUAUCCUACAGAAAUGCUGCGAAGGUGCAGCGAAAGAGCCGAAAGAAGAGUGACUUAACGCCGGGUAGCGGCGUCAGUGCUGGUGGUGGUGAGGCAGAGGGGGAGAAAUCCAAACACGCCAGUUUGAACAACAACGGGGACAGCGCGCACAGUUUCUCCGACCAGGAGGAGGAGGAGAACGGGGAUCGGGAGGAGGACUCUGUUUCCGAGCCGAGCGAGUGCACUGACCCUCGUCCCGAAACCCCUAUUAUCACCUCUGAUAAAAAACAAAACAUUCUACCCCGGAAUAGCGGAAACGGCCCCGGUGGCUGCCUGAGUUGUGGCGCAACGGACUGUGCUGCUGGGAGCGGCUGCGGUGAGAAAGCAAGUGCGUCGAAAGACAAGAGAUUAGGAGAAGGAGGGCAUGAGGGGGUUGGCCGCAGCAGCCCUUUGGCUGGCCACCACGACAUAAAACCUGGCCACAACGGGAGCGGCGUUCCGGGCAAAGCCACGGGUGUCCUGGGAGGAGCGGGAGAGGGGGAGGAGAUGGAGGGCAAUAGUCGCAGAAGUGGUGGUGUUGCUGCUGACACAGAGCAUAAAACUUGCCCAGGGAGCGUCAGUUUUAGUUCGAGCACUAACAGCCACAUCCCGAGGCCGAAACAUUACCAGCCAAUACAACCCAAAAUACGAGUCGGCGAGGGCGGGGGGAACCCAGGGCAGGGGGUGGGUGGCAGCGGGCAAAUCAGCUCGGAUCUGGGGGAUAGACUAAUCGCCUCCGUCCGUAGCCUGGCAGAGGAGAACCGAGCCUCGGCUUUGAGAGGGGAGACACGCGGGGGCCACAAGCCACUGGGACUGAAGGAGAUCCUGGGCUACCUCGCCAGCCAGGACGGGAUGUCCUCUGAGGGGAAGCUGACCCGUAACAGAGUCAAAGUGGUUCUGGAAAAGGAGGUGGAGCGGGGUCGGCUGCGGAGGACUCGGUGCGGGAACAUCACUCUCCCGGUGCGGGGUGUGGAGGCAGCGGCCAAGCCAACCGACAGACUGCUGAAGAGCGCACUGCAGGAUAUGCACAUCGGGAAAAAGGCAACAGACGAGGAGCCAAUGGAGAUUACGAGUGUGAAGGAGGAGGAGGAAGAGGAGGACGACGAAGACGAGGAUAAGGCGACUGGUGACGCCAAAGAUGGCGAACAGAGUGACACCCAGACGUCGGGCGAUGAGGAGGAUUCCAAAGGGUCAACCGCCCCCGUCGACCCGGUCCCCAUGGAAACGGAACCCGAGAACUCGGAUGACAUCGCCGGUGGUUCCAAAGCCCAGGCGGGGGUGAAACGACCGGAGCACACGGCCGAAACCACGUCCUCGGACCAGACACGUGCAGACGCUGAGGAUCAAAACGGGGUGCAGUCAGAGAGCUGUGGUCACACUUCCUCUGUCCGCAACCAGCCCUGUGUGGCCCGAAAGACGGACGUGGGUGUCUCCUCCUGUCUCCUCACCCCCACCGCCUCCCCCAGCGACUCGGGACGGACGACGGACAGAGGGAUCAAUGGAGGAGUGUUUGUGAAGUCCGAGCUGGGCAGUCUCAACCCUGUCAACUGGACGGUGUCCGACGUGGUCAGUUACUUCACGUCCGCGGGGUUCCCGGAGCAGGCCUUGGCCUUCAGGACUCAGGAGAUAGAUGGAAAGUCCCUCCUCCUAAUGCAACGCAAUGACGUCCUCACCGGCCUGUCAAUCAGACUGGGCCCUGCCCUGAAGAUCUACGAGCGCCACGUGAAGGUUCUCCAGAGGACACACUUUGAGGAGGAUGACUGCUGACUUUACCUGGACACACACACACACACACACACAGUCCAAAUACACACGCGCACACACACACAGACAGACAACGUCACCGAUUUAUAACUGAGGAACAUUCCAUCACCCCAAAACUCCCAUGCCCCUGAACUCCUACCUGACCAACCAGGCCUCCGCUUCUGUCUUCCUCUUCUCUCACUCUUCAGGACUGGACUCUCUUUUUUUUUUUUUUUUUAAAGGACAAAGCGAGAGAUUAAGAAUUAAACAGGCAAAGAGGAGUGGAAGAACACUUAAAGAGGAAGCAGAUUUUUCACCCUGGGUGGCUAUUGAAUGUGUUCACCCGGCGUCAAACUGUCGCUCAACGUGACCUUUGAACACUGAACCGUGGACUCGAAGCCUCUGACGGACCGGAGCACCUGAUGAAUGUCUGUGAGUGGGCGUCGCCCUCAUUCCAAUCCUAUACCUGUGUCCUGACGUGUGCCCUUGUCCUGUCCGACACAAAUCCAAUGCAUCUGGCUGUAGGGACCAUAUUCAGACCCAGUGUCCAGAAUCCUCCCCCCCCCAGCCUGUUUUAAUCCAGUACUGGGGGGGGGGGCAUAACCGGCACGCUACGAGGAACUGGAGUGCCGUUUGGAAAUCAGCCCGGGUUAGGGCGACGGUACGGGACCUCCCUGUUGAAGGCAGUGGGCGGGGAUGUCCGAGGAUUGGACCGUCGAUUCUGUUAUGUCGUUGAUUAUGUUGUUGCUAUUGUUGUUGUUGUUUUAGCAGGUGCUGCUCUGUUCCUGUGUUCUCCUUGCACAUGUCAGAUUGUUACUUGGAAAAAGCAGCGGAGUGCUGAAAUGCGUUGGUGUGUGGAUGUGUAGCUGGUCCCGUAGUUACGCGGCGAAGGAGAUCGAGAAGGAUCUCCUUCAAAGCAUGAACUGAACAAAAGAGACGCUGCUCUGAUGAACCAAAACCCCUUUGUUUGUCCCACUCUCCGUCCUCAUCAUCUCCAGCCAUGUCAAGUUGCAGAGUCCACCUUUAACCGAGCUGCGUUGGACCGGGAAGACCCAGGGCAACAUGCUGACCGAACGCCACGAUUGCUGCUUAACAUGGGGGAAUCGAGAUGUUCAGCUGGCAGACGUAUAACGUAUUGUAAAUAUUGGAGUGGAACAGAAAAAAGAAAAAAAAAAAACUUUUCUAGAUUUAUUUCGAAAUCCAUUAAAUGGAAUUUAAUGCAUCUGAACACAAACGUAUCGAUUAGUCAGUCAGUCAGUCACCAGCAUUUUCUAUUGAACCGUGUUUAUAUAUUUUCUGCUACAAACAUGGAGAUGGUAAAAACAGUGUGACGACAUCGGCUCCUCCCAGAAACAGACCCUAACCCCUAGUCCCUAACCCCUAGUCCCUAACCCCUAGUCCCUAACCCCUAGUCCCUAACCCCUAGUCCCUAAUCC